CUGGAUUUUACAUUGUGAAAAAUGCUAAAAUCAUUAAUCCAGAUCAAUGUUUUACUUAUUACAUUAAUCAAUUGUAAUGAAGAUAUUUGGGAAUUUUUAGAUCCAGAUAAACCAAAUACAAAUGAACCAAAUGAUGAAGAUAUUUUACGUGAAGAAAAAUCACCAUAUCCAAUGCCAUCAUUUAUACUUCCAUCAAAACAAUUUAUCGAUGUAACUGUUGAAGGACAUUAUACAAUAACACCGGAUGAAAAUAUGUAUGGUGAAAUUGGUACGAUAAAAUUUUAUACACCCGAUCCAACAAAAAUUAUUGCCUUCUACAUACAACCGAUAAAUUUAAAUUGUCCAAGUUCAAGUUUCAUACGUUGGUUUGAUGGUUGGAAUGUUGGUGAAAUAUUACCAUAUACAAGUGAUCAUCCAUUAAGUUAUGAAGAUCGUUUUAGUGAUAAUAUUUGUAAAACUGAUUUAGAAUUAAAAUUUCAAUCAUAUCAUUCAGCACAGAAUUUUGCACAAAUUGAUUAUCGUUUUUAUUCACAAAAAACACAUAGUUUUUCAUUUUUUUUAUUAUUUAAACAAAAUGAACAACCAUGUCAUGCAUUAUUAUUAGAUUCAAUUAAUGAUAAUCAAAAAUGUCCAUAUUUUUAUUCAUAUACAUUACAAAAUUAUGAACUUAAUAGAGCACGAACAUGUUCAUUAUUUUUAAUUAAACAACAAAAACAAAAAUUUACAGCAUCAUUUCGAAUACAUUAUUUACAGGUUGGUAAACCAGAUCCAAUUUUUCAGGCUCCAGAUGAUGAUAGUGUACGACCAAAUUGUGGAAAUGAUCAUCUUUAUAUACAAGGAAAUUCACGUUCAGAUCAUAAAAAAACAAAAUAUUUAGAUUUUUGUAAUAAUUUUAAACCUGAUUUGGAACGUGGUGGAUUUCCAUUAUCAUGUCGAAAUAUUACAAUACGUUUAAAAUCAAGUGGUUUGUAUCUUAAUAAAGUUAUUAUUAGUUAUUUACCAUCAACACCGGAUGAAAUUUGUCGUUGGAAUGAUGAAUUACGUGAAGGAAAAGCAAAAUUAUAUCAUACAAUACGUUGUACAGAAGAUUUUGAAUAAUAAUAAUCUUUUUUAAAAUAAAAAAAAAUAAAAAAAAUUACAAUUUGUAAAAUCUGAAACAA